AAACUGAACAUGUAUGUUUUAUAGCUUAUCGACUCUUCUGAUUCCCAAAAUACUCGAAAGUCACACAGAAAUCAAACUAUACAUUCUUCAUUCCCACUUCUUAUUCUACACACACACACACACACAUAUAUAUAUAUAUAUAUAUAUGGCUAGCAUUGGAACCGGGUAUGACUUGUCUGCGACCACUUUUUCACCUGAUGGUCGAGUUUUCCAAGUGGAAUAUGCUCAAAAGGCUGCUGACAGUAGCGGAUUGACUUUAGGAAUGUGCUGUAAAGAUGGUGUUGUAUUAGCUGUUGAAAAGGUUCUCCUUUCAAAGAUGUUAUUGAAGGAAUCAGGAAGAAGAGUACACUUGAUUGACCAACACGCUAUUCUUGCUGUAGCCGGAAUGGGUCCUGAUGGUAGACAACUGGCUACAAGAGCAAGACAGGAGUGUGAACAAUAUCGUAAUAUUUUUCGAAUGCCUAUGCCUGCACACUUAUUAGCUGAAAGAAUAGCUGGUUAUGUUCACGUUCAUUCGCUAUACUGGCACGUGAGACCUUUUGGUUGUACCAUAUUGAUUGGAACUUGGGAUGGAAAACAAGGUCCAGCACUAUAUAUGAUCGACCCUUCCGGUACUUUUUAUAGAUAUUACGGUUGUGCUGCUGGAAAAGGCAAACAAGGAGCCAAAACUGGUUUGGAAAAACUCGAUUUUCAUCAACUUUCCUGCGAAGAUGCUCUGUUUGAGUUGGCAAAGUUAAUAAAUGCAGCACACGAUGAAUCUAAAGAUAAACCAUAUGAAAUGGAAAUGAUAUGGAUAAAACGUGACCUUGGCAAAGCUUCUCUAGUUCCACCAAACCUGAUUGAGACAGUUCGUCAAAGAGCUGAACAACUUGCUCGCGAAGAAGAAAUGGCCGAUUGAUAAAAGUAGUAAAUAUUUCGUUGUUAUU